CUCGCGAGGUUUGGUGGGGAAACUGAGGCCGCUGCCCGUGCUCACAGGCAUCGCUCGCGAGGUUUGCCAGGGGGGGAGUCCGCUGCCUGUGGUAACGCAAGGCGGCCGUUUCUCGCGGUUGGCCUCCCCCACCCUCCUUCCCGCCAGAGUUAAACGCCUCCACUUGUUUCCCGGUCACCGGCGAGCACUGACUGACUGAGCCUCGUGCCGGCCCCAAAUAUCCCCCGGGAGGUACCUGUUGGUGGGCGCGUGUAGAGCUCUGAGAGCUGAGUGAGGAAGAGGCCGCACCGCGCUGACACUGUGGACAGAGAGCUUCUUCAGUGGCUCCAGGGGAAGGAGGUCUCUACCCCCUGGCUGAGGGGGGCCCGGAUAUUGUGUGACCCCCUCAGUAUUACCUGAGGGACCUGCUGGAGGACUGCUCCCUCCCUGACACGAGUGAGGGGAACACUCCAUUACUAUCAGCCUGAGGAGUGGGGGGCAACUACCCGGCUUUCAAUCACUGCUUGGACAACUGGACGAACCCCCCCUCCCCAUUUAUUAUCAUCUGUGAGGGCAGACCCCUACCUCUACCUGUCUCAGGACCCCUCACAAGCAAGAGUGGGGUGGGUAUGCAGUCUGCAAGGACCCUUACAAAACACCCACUUUAAGACUAUUAUUUUUAUUAUUAUUGGGGUUUUUUUCUCUUUGUGGGGAAAAAAAAGACUUGAAAUAACCUGAUUUGCAACAUUUUGGGGAGAAAACAGGCACCUCAUAGCAGAAACUAAAAACUUCUUCAACCAUUAUCUAACACCACUCAGUUGUUAGAAACCUGAUUGUAGACUUUUUUUUUCCCCUUUUUUUUUUUGGUUCAUUUGGCUGUCUGGUAAGAAGAACUAGGCGCUUGCUAAAGCAGGGCUAGAAGAUACCGUUUGUUUAACCAGAGACUUUAUAAUCCCCCUGGUGGGGCAACAGUUAUAGUUUGGACAGUUGGCUCCUCCUAUCCUCAUGGAAUGAGUUUGUGAUACCUGCAAGGUCAUUGAAUUAUAUUUGAAGAGAUCACUUUUUUUUUUCCAAAGUGCCCUGGCCUAAAUUAAAACCACAAGGAAUAAAAAGGAAAGUUCUAUAAACUGUCUUGGUCACAGAUUUUUCCUUGCACCGCCUGGUCUUGUAAGAAGAUAAGAAAUUAUUUCAGUUUACAUUUGGUUACUUUCCGUAUAUUUGUUUUAUGGAGGCAAGACUGAUCUUGCAUUCUGUUGAAUCGAUUUCUUGUCUUCAGGCUGGAUGAAAUCCGUAUCUAUGUAGAAACAAACGAUUCAGCACCUCUGUGAAUGAGGGAGAUGAUAGGAUAGAGUGAAAUUUUUUCUUUUUGACUUGUGGAAUUUAGACUUUGCAGAAUAGAGCCUGUUCCUGUUUUUUUGAGUGUUCCCCAUCCCCUUCCCCUAUUUGUUUUCCUCCGCUAAUUAGCAGAGGAAUGCCAAACCCAGCGCGGCAUGGGAACAAGGACAGCGGAGGGUCAACAUCUACAAUGCCACAAACUAGUGGCAGUUCCAAUAACCGUGACCGUCAGCGGCUUAGUUCUAAACAUAAACGGCACAAAUCUAAGCACCUCAAAGACUCUCCUUCUGCUGCUGAGCCAUUUGCACUUAGUACUCUGAAGCUAGUGGAAUAUGAUGAUAUUAGUUCUGACUCGGACACGUUUUCAGAUGAUGUUCCAACUAAGCCUGAUAGAAGGGAAAAUGAUGAGCGACGAGGCUCAGAGAAAAGUGAAAAGCUGCAUAAGUCCAGGCAUCGGCACCAACAUAAGAAAAUCAAAGAUGCUUCUAGGACCAAGCAGGGAGAUAAAGAAAGGAAAUCAGAAAAAAGCCAGGAUGCAGUUAUGAGCAAAGCACCCAGUUCAAAGGACAGGACCACUGGCACAACUAAAAGGCCAGCAGAAGAGCUGGAGGAGCAUGCACGCAUAUCAAAGAGCAGUAACAAGGAAAUUCGUGCAUCCAAAAUGCAUCGUGAGAAAUCGCGCAGGGAGAGGGACCUUAAGUCUGGUCAUAAAGAUAGAAGCAAAGGUCACCGGAAAAGAGAUUCAUCCAAGCGAUACAAGACCUCUGACAGCCCAAAGAGGAAAGGCAGGAAGUAUGGAAGUAGUCCAAAGCAAGACGAUAGCCACACUGAUGCAUCAGGUGGACAGGAUUAUGAUGGUAGUCCUCCUCGGUCCCAUGCAUCAAGUAGCUAUACAGAUGCCUACAAGAAGAUUUCAGACAGCCCAAGCUAUAAGGAGCCUGUUGCCUACCAGAGCAAUCUGCGGUCACCAAGUCCAUAUGGCCGCAGACAGCGUUCAGUGAGUCCUUACCGGAGGAGGUCAUCUAGUUAUGAGAGAGGUAGCGGCUCCUACAGUGGCAGAUCUCCAAGUCCUUAUGGGCGUAGACGGUCCACUAGCCCCUUUGUGUCAAAGCGAUCAGUGAGUCGGAGCCCAGUGACCAGGAAAUCUGCCAAGUCUCGCAGCAGGAGUCCUGUGUAUUCCAGAAAGUCCUCUUCUUCAUCUCGCAGUAAGAAGAAGUCUCAGUCACGAAGUCGCCAUUCCAGUAUUUCACCUGCCCGAUUGCCAUUAAACUCUAGUUUGGGUGCUGAACUGAGUCGCAAGAAAAAAGAGAGGGCAGCUGCUGCAGCAGCGGCUGGUAGAGAUUCCAGGGGUAGUCCGUUAUUACUUAAGAGAGAAAUUGGGGAUUCCAGAGCAACUCUUGCACUUGAUUCUAAAAAGGCAACCAAAAUUGUUAAACUAGAAAAAUCUGUAUCUGAUACAGAGUUAUUAACUGCUGUUAACGUGGAGAACAAGGCACCAGUUGUAUCAGUGAAGCAGGAAGAGAGUGACAAAAAGCCACCACUUGUGGCCAGGGACCCAAAACUUUCAGCUGCAAAGGACAGCAAAGUAGCAUCCAUCAAAGAGGAUGUUUUGAUGCCAAAGGAAGGAGCAACAGACAGAGAGAAAGAAAAGGACGUACCACCCCCUCUGCCCCCUCUCCAAUCUCCACCACCUCCUCUACCUGCUUGCUCUCCUCCUCCUCCUACACCCCCACUUCCUCCACUCCCUCCGUGCCCAGCAGCCCCACUCCAGCCUCCACCACCCCUUCCUCCCCAGCCCACAGUGACAUUCCUGCCUCUUCCAACCACUGUGGCUGCUUCUUUGACAUCCACUUUCCAUACAAGAGUAACAACUGUGACUGCUCAGGCAAACUCUCAAUCUACUGUAUACUCAAAUUCUAAGCCACAAGCACCUGUCACUAUAACCAUCCCUCAUCUGAAGACCUCAACUCUGCCUCCACUGCCACUCCCACCACUGCUUCCAGGUGAAGACGACUUAGGGAGCCCCAUGGAGGUACCUACUCCCAAACCAGUCAAGAAGGACAAGGAGCAGAGACCUCGGCAUCUCCUAAUUGAUCUUCCAUUGCCACCUGAGCUACCCGGUGGUGACCCAUCUCCUCCAGAGUCCCCGGAGCCAAAAGUGAUGACAUCACCACAGCAGCAGUUAAAGAAAAGACCAAAAAUUUGCUGUCCACGUUAUGGUGAAAGAAAACAGACUGAAACAGACUGGGGGAAGCGCUGUGUGGACAAAUUCAAGAUUCUUGGGAUUAUUGGAGAGGGAACCUAUGGACAAGUUUAUAAAGCACAGGACAAGGUUACAGGAGAGUAUGUGGCCUUAAAGAAAGUGCGUCUGGAUAAUGAAAAGGAGGGAUUUCCUAUCACAGCCAUCCGGGAAAUUAAAAUAUUGCGUCAGCUUAUUCAUGGCAGGGUGGUCAACAUGAAAGAGAUAGUCACUGACAAACAGGAUGCACUGGACUUUAAGAAAGACAAAGGUGCCUUUUACUUGGUGUUUGAAUAUAUGGACCACGACUUGAUGGGGCUACUUGAAUCUGGCUUGGUGCAAUUUUCAGAAGACCAUAUUAAGUCUUUUAUGAAGCAACUGAUGGAAGGCCUGGAAUACUGUCACAAAAAGAACUUUCUUCAUAGAGACAUCAAGUGUUCGAACAUUCUACUAAACAACCGUGGUCAUAUCAAGCUAGCAGAUUUUGGAUUGGCGCGGCUUUAUAGCUCAGAAGAAAGCCGUCCAUACACUAAUAAAGUGAUUACACUGUGGUAUCGGCCACCAGAGCUGCUUCUGGGAGAGGAGAGAUACACACCUGCCAUAGAUGUAUGGAGUUGUGGUUGUAUCCUUGGCGAACUGUUCAUGAAAAAGCCAAUCUUCCAAGCCAACCAAGAGCUCGCUCAGUUAGAACUUAUCAGCCGUCUCUGUGGAAGUCCCUGUCCUGCGGUCUGGCCAGAUGUCAUCAAAUUACCCUACUUUAAUACAAUGAAACCGAAGAAACAGUAUAGACGGCGGUUACGAGAAGAGUUCUCCUUCAUUCCCACGCCUGCUUUGGAUUUGCUGGACUACAUGCUCACUUUGGAUCCCAGCAAGCGCUGCACCGCUGAGCAGGCACUACAGAGUGACUUUCUCAAAGAUGUAGACGUCGACAAAAUGGCCCCUCCAGAUCUCCCCUCCUGGCAGGAUUGUCAUGAACUGUGGAGUAAGAAACGCAGAAGGCAGCGUCAGAGCGGCAUCAUUAUCGAUGAACCUCCUGCCAUCAAAGCUCCACGGAAAGAGAAUGUAGCACCACAGGGUACAGACCCUGUAAGGAACAGCAGCCCAGCCCCCCCGCAGCCAGCGAAGGUGGAGACCGUACCCACUGAUCUGUCGAUUCUCGGGGAUAUCACACAACAGCUCAAUCAGAGCGAACUGGCCAUCCUGCUGAACCUUCUUCAAAGCCAGACUGACCUCAGUGUCACCCAGAUAUCCCAGCUGCUAAACGUUCAGUCGAAUCCAGACAUGCAGCAGCAGCUGGAAGCUUUAAAUCAGUCCAUCACAGCCUUGACUGCUGGCCCUUCAAAUCCAGAUGAAGAGGCUUCUAAAGAUUCUUCAGCUCAGGACCAAGUGGACUCCAGUGAGGCUGAAACUCAGGGAGAGGUACAGAAUGUUCUAGCCGUCCUCCUUAGCCAGUUAAUGAACCCCCAGGAAGUUGUGGAGGCCCCCGGAGAGAGCAAUGGAGAGCAGAGUGGAAGCAUUCUCGCAGCACCACCUGAACCCGAAGAAGUAAUUGUAGAAGAACAGCAACAAAAUGAAAAGGAAGAGAUGGAGGAUGACACAGAUGCUGUAAAGCGAAGUAACCCUCCUACAGCUAGUCAAGCCUGUAUCCUGCCACCAGAGAAGAGACCCCCAGAGCCUCCUGGUCCACCACCUUUGCCCUCUGCUGCAGAAGACAAUGCAUCUGAUGUGAACCCAGCAGGAAGUCCUGCCCUGCUGCAGCUCUUCUCACAGCAAGAGGUAGAGCCAGACCUCGUGAAGGGUGGCAGAGAGAGGCAACCCCAUAGACUGGCUCCAGACGUAUCACGAACCCUACCCACCAGGACUUACACUUCAGAUGGGUCAGAGGAAGUGUUUAAUGCAGGCCCAGAUGAGAGAGACUCGGGGCAGCUGCUAGGGGAAUGUUCACCGCAAGCACUAGUAAAAAGUAGGACAUUCCCAGGACAGCUGGGGGAAUCAAGUAGUUACCAGGGAACCGGAUCUCUGCAGUUUCCAGGGGACCAAGACCUCAGGUUCACCCGGAUUCCUUUGGGAUUACAUUCUGGCACAGUGCCUCCACCUGGACUAGAGGGGAGCAGUAACAGUUCUCACCACUAUCAAGAAGCCAAAAUUGCAAACUACAGUGAGUUGGGGUCUGGGACAGCAGCAGCAGGAACAAACCAGGCCUGGGGGGCACCAUCUCAGGCAUUUAGCAAACCAUACCGGGCUCCCACCCGUGUGCCUCCAAGAGGGGGACGUGGAAGAGGUGUUCCUUACUGAAGUCCAGUGACUGUACAUUACAUUCUCCCUCUCUCCUGCCAGUUUUCCAGCGGGGGGGGUACAAAUAAAAUGGGGUUGUUGGGGCAUGCUGCAACAGUUAAAUCAACACAACAAUGCAGCAAUCUGUUAGCUAUAUUUAAAGUCUGAAAGUAAAGAAGGACUUGUUUGAAAAUGGCUGCAUUGCUGCGUCACUUAUGUCUACGAAUGUGUGGCAUCUCUCCAGUCUCAUUGGUCGUUUGGCCUGCGUACCCCUCCAGUUUGUAGGUUUUGGUAUUUUUUUGUUUUGCUUUAUUUUUUUGUUUUUGUGUUUUUUUGUUUGUUUCUCUGGUUUACCCCCUGUGCUCACCCUAGGGCAUGUUUGUCCUCCAGUUAUUGGAGGAACUGCUUCUACCAGGCGGUUAAAAUUCAGACUGCAAAAACAAGGAUACUCAUUAAAUUCCUUUUUGUAACCAGAGGAGAUAACAAGGGUUUUCAUGUUAUAGGCUACUUUGGUGUCUGAAUAGGGAAUUUUGGGGAACCUGGGGGAACUGUUAAGUAAUUUAAAAACCUACAGGAAUGCAGCUGGCUGUGUACAAAUGUAUUUCCUUUUUAUUUUAAGUUCUUUUUGGU